AUGGCUACAGAGACGCCCCAACCUGCCUAUGUUGGGCAACCUGCCAAUGUACCCGGCGCAAAUAUCUUUGACUUUAUAUUCAGCAAUCCUUUCCAGAACGAGAGCGACUUUGUCCCCAGAGCUAGAAGGGUACCCAAGAUUCGUGAUGACCAGCCCAUCUUUACAGACCACGCCAACGACCGUCCCCUCACAUUCUCCCGUGUAAAACGCGACGCCCUCACUCUAGCUGCAAACCUCCAAUCCCUAGGCCUCGACCCAGACGCCCUCGAGACUCUCCCCCCAACAGCAUCAUGCACAGGUCCAGAAGUCGCUCCAGUCGUGCUCAUCCAGCUCCCCAAUUGUCUCCCCUUUGCGACUCUGUUCAUGGGCACCGUCGCAGCUGGUCUCACCGCCACACUCGCCUCCCCAUCGCUGACAACCACUGAACUCGCAUGGGUCAUCAAGAAUUCUCGUCCGCGCGUCCUCUUCACGGCAAAGGCACUUCUCGACACUGUUGAGAAGGCGCUGGAGUCUCAAGAAGAUGAGGCAUACAAAAAUAGUGUACGCGUUUACACUGUUGAUGUAGCUAGGGAUAUGUAUCCCAUCUCGCCCGCGUCGCAUGCAGAGGACGGAGACUGGAGGAACCUUGUCGUCAACACGAGCAAUUCUCUUACUGCUGGGCACUCAUUCGCUCCCGAAUCAGCUGCUACGCGCACAGCCGUCAUCCUCUGGUCUUCCGGCACAUCAGGUCGAUCCAAGGGUGUCCUGCUUUCUCACCAAGCCAUCAACUUCUCUCUCGCGUCGCUAUGGCACGACGCAGACUUUUACAAGUCCCACCAGCGAUGGUUGGGCUAUGUACCAUUCUACCACGUCUUUGGCUUGACUAACAUCUUUUUACUGGCGUUUGCGACCGGAUCAAGCGUGUUUACCAUGCCUGCAUUUAAGCUCGAUACCGUCUUGUCUGCCAUUCCCCGACGACAAAUCACCUACCUUCACAUGGCGCCGCCCGUUGCAGUUAUGCUCGCCAAAUCACCCGUCGUGGAACCUUUUGCGCGCCGUGACGCACGUGGCCGUAACGCAUUCAGCAGCGUUGUUGGAGGUAUGACAGGUGGUGCGCCCCUCGGCCACGAAGUCGUAGAAAAGGUCUUUCGACGUCUGGGCUUCCUUGUGCGGUUGGGCUACGGCAUGUCUGAAGCAUGCUCCAUCACUGUACAGAGAGGUCUACGAGAAAAGGACAUGCAUGGCUACAAGAAUGACACAGGCAAGCCUCAUUGGGGCGUGGAACUCAUGAUCGCUGCGUCGGGAGAGGUAGACUCAGCCUCGGACGACUCGACCACCAAAGCCGCACCGUUUGGCGCACCAGGCGAGAUCCUCGUCAGAUCACCUGGUUUGAUGACUGCUUACGUCCCCACGCAAGGCCUCGGAAGCAUGGAAACACCCGACAUGAGCGUCACGGCCGAAGCCCUUACAGCCGAUGGCUGGCUCCGCACCGGCGAUGUAGGAACGCUCGACGCAGAAGGCAACCUGUGUAUCACCGACCGUAUCAAAGAGCUCAUCAAAGUGCGCGCAUUCCAAGUCGCGCCCGCAGAACUUGAAGCUAUCCUCUGCAGCGCCGACUCCGUAGCGGAUGCCGGUGUAGUAGGAGUGUAUGACAAGACCGAGGCGACAGAGUGGCCGCGCGCGUACGUGGUAGCUGCUGACCAGAACAAGUCAGAGGCUGACCUCAAGACGCUGGCGCACGAUCUCAAGACUUUGGUGGAGAGCCACGCUGCAAGGUACAAGUGGCUUGUCGGUGGAAUUGUCUUUGUAAAGGCGAUUCCUAAAUCACCGAGUGGAAAGAUUCUGCGAAGAGUGAUCCGCGAUGGUGGUGUGCAGGGCUUCGAGGUGAUGCCUUACCAGCGCAAGAAGCGCGAUGCCAAGCUGUAG